AUGCCAGUUCGGAAAAAACACGGCCCCUAUGACAUCAUAGCCGAUGAUUUAUACGACUGCAGAAUUCCCUUACAUAAUGAAUUGGCAUAUCAGCAUGGCAUCCAUUUCGAAGCCAAGUACGUGGGUAGUAUGGAAAUUCCUCGUCCAGGAACUCGCAUCGAAAUUGUUGCUGCCAUGCGACGGGUUCGGUAUGAGUUCAAAGCUCGAGGAAUUAAGAAACGACCUGUUGAUAUUACGGUAUCCGUGGAUGGAGUUAAGGUGGUUCUGCAACGAAAAAAACAAAAGCAAAAAGGCUUGUCAUGGGACGAAUCGAAGCUUUUGGUUAUGUUUCAUCCAAUUUAUAGGGUUUUCUACGUUUCUCACGACUCUCAAGAUCUCCAAAUUUUCUCUUAUAUUGCUCGAGAUGGCGCUAGUAACACAUUCAAAUGCAAUGUUUUCAAAUGCUCAAAAAAGAGUCAAGCGAUGCGUGUUGUUCGAACUAUCGGACAAGCUUUUGAGGUUUGCCACAAAGUUGCUCAAGAACAAAUGCAAGAAAAGCAUGAAGAUGAAAUUAUGAACAAAAAAGCUCGUUCAGCAUCCAUAGUUAGUGAGGAAGAAGCUCAACAACAACAGCUAGAUGUAAUUGAAGAGAAGGCUGGGUCUGGUUCAAGUAGGUCUGAAAGUCCAAUGGAGGGUCCUCCACCUGGCUCAGCUUUGUACGGCAAACGAAUGUCUUUGUUUCAACCGCGUAAAGCUUCGUCAGUUAGUUCAUCUCUGGGUACAGCAAUCGAUACAACUCAACAACCCCAAACUGUAUCUAAUGGAACUUCCAAAACUGAUGGAGCUCUCUCUAAUCCUAUUAUUCAACAGCAUCAACAAAAUCCAGGAAAUGUAGCACCAAUGACAACGAAUCCUCAAGUAGCUGGACAACCUUUCAAUUUCGUUAGCGGUCCUGGUUUCCCUCCUUCAGCUUCAUUACCGACUGUAGCAGAAGGAAUUGCAACCUGCCAACAACCUCAAACGGCUCAGCCAUUACAACAAUAUUCCAUGAUGACGUUACCUGGCUCAUCAGCUACCCUACCCCAUAGUCGAACAUGGAGUCAUGGAGGAAUUCCAACGACAUCACAAGCCAUUCCAAACCAAUAUCCAUCAAUGCCAUCAGUACAAAUGGAUCAACAACAACAGCAACAGCCAGUAUUUUAUCCGAUUGACCACACAAACCCUGAAUCAGCUCUCCAGCUUAAUAGAUCUUUAGAACAGUAUAAUCAGCAGCUUAUUCGUUCACAAUUGGAUCAAGCUCAACAAUCCGCUCAGGUUGCCGGUUGUCAAGUUCAGUUGUUACGUGAUCAACUAACAAGUGAAACAACUGCUCGUUUAGAAGCUCAAUCACGAACUCAUCAACUUCUCAAUGCUAAUCGUGAACUUCUGGAGCAAGUUCAGAACCUUGUUCAACGGCUACAGCAAUUAGAAUCAAAAAUUACUAGCGAAAUUCAACUUACUGGCUCUCAGCCAAUCGCCCCUCCAAACCCAUUAGCUCAACCUACUUCCUACUUAACAUCUCCUCUCAUGCGAGCUGCUGCUCCAGUAGCUGCUCCUCCACCUCCUCCCAAUUGUGGGAUGGCUCCUAUGACUUCAGUGAGCAACGUUUCUACUGUACCUGUUUCUUCGUCAUAUGCUCCAUAUAACGAACACUUCGAUAGUCGCCAGCAAAUUAUAACCAACCAUCCCUACCAGGUUCAAACUUUGGCCGAUUUACGUGCGGGCAGUUUGCCUCCAGCAAAAGAGAAUAAACGUAGACUAGACGAUGGAGCACGUACAGAGCCGGAGAGUAACAACGAUGACACAACAGAUUACAGUAGUAGCGAUCAGUAUGAAAAGACUUCGAACGUCACGAAAAAUGUCACGGGUUAUAAUGUAUUGAUGAGCAAUCCUUUAGCUGAUUUAACCAUUCCUUCAUAUGUUGGUCAAACGGUUCCUCCGAUUUUUUCAACAACAUCAUUGGAGAAACGUAUGGAUGACAAGUAUGACGAUGAGCAACCUGGACCAUCAACGACACCUCCAAAGAAAAACACGGGACGACGUGAUUCUGCUGCUGUUGGAGGGCUUCCCAUCCGAAACAGCGGGAUAUUAGGAGGCAAAGAUUUCCAGCGCAUGUCUUUCAAUCCCACACGACAUAUUAACUCUAGAUUAAAAGCCAAUAGAGAAAGCGAGCUUGAGGAUAUGCAAGAAGACGAUAUGAACAUUCUCAACGAUUUGCCACAACCAUCUUCUUCUCCUCGUCAAGAAAGACGACGGAAAGAAGCUCGAGUUACAGUAGAGUCGUUGUUCAAACCACCUCCAUCUAGCAGUCCUGAAAGGAAAUUCGAACAACUUUUAGCCAUGCCUCCACCCGGUAUGCCAGCUAGUUCAAGUAUAGUAACUGCCAUGUAUCCUCCAAUCCGAAAACCCGUUGUUCAACUUCUGCCAAAGGAAGGUUCAGCAGGUCCCGAAUUCUCUCAGUUUUCUUCCCCGGUGAACACACCGGCACUAUCCCGUAGAAUGCCACAACGACGUGAAACGAUGAAUCCUCAACUUGAUGUUGUAAGGAAAAAGACGUUGCGAGCUCUAUCAGUUGAUUUAAAUGAUGAUGAUGAUAUUUUGAAUCAGAAUCCCAGAGCAAACAACAACCACACAAGCAAACGGCAUAUGCCGGAUAUCGAGGAUGUCAUCAAUCGGAACGUGAAUGGUCCUUAUGCCAUGCGGGAUGGAAAGCUUCCUAAUGGAUAUCCUUGA